AUGUUUGUCUCAUCAGGUGAUCAUUCGAUUGCAACCCCAGAUACAAAAGAACAAAUCAAUGAAAAUUAUAUUUCUGUAAAAAUGAAUGAAAAUGUGUCGACUUCAAUACAAUUAAUGAAUCCUCAAAGUGGACGUAUCAAACGUCGUCAUUUUGCAAUUUUACUAUUAAUAUUUCUUUUUUCAAUAUUAAGUUUAUGUACUGUAUAUAUAUUAUUUCCAAAAAUAGAUACAGCGGACAAAGAAGCAUUUAAAGUUCCAAAAACAAUUGAUGAUGCAAAGAUUCUUGGUAAUAUUUUAUACAAAUACAGUAAACAUCACCGAUAUAUAAUAAUGAUUGCAUUUUUUCUCACAUACAUUUUCUUACAAACAUUUGCAAUACCAGGCUCAAUAUUUUUAAGUAUAUUAGCUGGAUUUUUAUAUCCAUUUCCAUUGGCAUUAUUUCUUGUCUGCUUAUGUUCAUCAUUGGGUGCAAUUAAUGCGAUGUCAACAUCAAUGUCACUUGAUUUAUUAAGUAUGUUACAUAAUGAUACUUAUGAAAUGCCAAUAAAAAAACCAAAAUUUAAUCAUCGACCAACAAUGGCUGCAUUAUCAACUUCGAUUAAUCUUGAUGUUCUUAGUGUAUUACAAAAAUCUACUGGAAAUAUUAAUUUAUUGAAAAAAUCAAAAUCAAGACCCAUUAAACAUAAAACAAAAUCAGAUAUGACUAUUCAAAAUCGAAAACCUGUUACAUUAUUAAAUACAUCAUUAUCACUUGAUGUAUUAGAUAUUAUUUUACGUGAUAAACAACAAUUGAAUGAUGAUGAUUGUGAAAUAACAAAUGUAUUUAUUAAUAAAUCGAAAACAGAUGACAAGAAUGAUUUUGUGCAAUUAUCUUCAUCGGAUAAUGAGAUUUUACCUCUUCCACUUUGGGAUCGAAUUCGACAACGAACAGCUGUUUAA